AUGCUGCCCCCAAUCCCCGUCCUCGCCGACUACGGCAUCUCACCAACCCACGGCUUCCUCCCCGGCACUCUCCCCCUGACCCGCCUCCCGGACCCUUACUACAACAAGUGGGAGGCCAUCGUGGCCAACCUGCAGGCCCUGAUCCUCAGCCGGCGCCUCCGCGGCGUCAUCGACCGGCUGCCGGUGCUGUCGACGAUCGGCCUGGAGCACGACGCCGAGUGGCGCCGGGCGUACUCGCUGCUCUGCUUCAUGGCCCACGGCUACAUCUGGGGCGGCGACUCUCCGGCAGACCGGCUGCCGCCGCAAAUCUCGAUGCCGCUGCUCGCCGUCUCGCGGCGGCUCGAGGUGCCGCCGGUGGCGACGUACGCGGCCGUGUGCCUGUGGAACUUCAAGCCGCUCUUCAUGGACGAGGACAUUGACAGCCUGGAGAACCUGGCCACGCUCUUCACCUUUACCGGGGCCAUUGACGAGUCGUGGUUCUACCUCGUGUCCGUGGCCAUCGAGGCCCGGGGCGCCCCGAUCAUGUCGCUGAUGCUCACGGCCAUGGCGGCCGCGCGGCAAGACGACUCGGCCACGGUCACGCGCUGCCUGCGGACGUUUGCCGAGCGCCUGACGGACCUGACGAGCAUCCUGCAGAGGAUGCACGAGAGCUGCGACCCCGUCAUCUUCUACAACCGCGUCAGGCCGUUCCUUGCCGGCAGCAAGAACAUGGCCGAGGCCGGGCUGCCGUUUGGCGUCAUCUACGACGACGGCACGGGCAACGACGAGUAUCGCCAGUACAGCGGAGGCAGCAACGCCCAGAGCAGCCUGAUCCAGUUCUUUGACAUUGCGCUGGGCAUCCAGCACCGGCCGACGGGCGAGAAGAAGGGCGACGCCGCCGCCUCCUCCUCCUCCUCCUCGCCCGCGCGGCACAACUUCAUCCAGGACAUGCGCAACUACAUGCCGGGCCCGCACGCGCGGUUCCUCGAGGACGUGUCGCGCGUGGCCAACAUCCGCGAGUUCGUCGAGGGGCACACGGGCGACGCGCAGCUGUGCCUGGCCUACGACGCCUGCCUGGCGAUGCUGAGCGCCUUCAGGGACAAGCACAUUGCCAUUGUGACGCGCUACGUCAUCACGCCGUCGCGCCAGAUGCGCGCCCGCAGCAGGUCGCGCAGCCCCGAGGUGGCCCGGCGGCCGCUCAACCUGGCCAUUGCCUCGCGCAAGAGCGAGGGCAAGCACCAGAAGGGCACCGGCGGCACGGCGCUGAUUCCCUUUCUCAAGCAGGCGAGAGACGAGACGGGCGACCCGGCGGUGGAGGAGUGGACGAAGCGCUUCAUGAGGCGACAGGUGCGGCAGGAGGGCAGCGGCGACUUCUUCCUGGGCAAGGAGGACGACGGGGCGCCGUCGGAGACGGAGGAUGUCGAGGUCAAGGGGCUUGCGUGGACGUGGACGAUGGAGGACGAGGUUGGCGGGCUCUGCUCGUAUUGA